AUGUCCUACCAAUACACUGGGCCUAUCAACUGCAGUGUCAUAUUCGACCGAACUUCUGUCCAAGGAAAGACCGCUAUAGUGACCGGAGGUAUUGGGCUUGAAUAUGUCAUCGCUCUCUCAGAUGCUGGCGCAAAGGUUGUGAUUGGUGAUGUGAACAUAGAACAGGGAAAAGAAGCUGAAUGCAAGUAUCAGAGAUGUAAGUUUGUGAAAUGCGACGUGACUAGAUGGGAAGAUCAGCUGGAACUGUUCAAGGCAGCGCUCAGUAUAUCUCAGCGCAGCGCAAUUGACAUCGUGAUUGCAAAUGCCGGUACUAAGUUACCGGAUAGCAUCCUUGCUUUCAAUGCUGAUGAGGAGCUUCCUUCUCAGCCAAGGUUUUUGAACACCCAAAUAGACUUCAUUGGGAUACCUGUCUGGUUCUCCAAGGUUCUCUUGCUGGCUAUGUUGAUGCUGGAGGUGCUCCAGAGUUCAAUGCAGCGAAGCUCGGACUCAGGGACCUUAUGCGAUCGCUUGGACAGAGCUUGCAGACCCACGGCACCCCGGGUGAAUUAUAUUGCUCCGUGGUAUGUGAAGACAAAGAUUCUGUCGGACGAAGACUUGGAGCAGAUCGCUGCAGCCAAAAUCGAGUUUGCGGAGACCAAAGACACAGCCAACGCACUGAUGAGAUGCCGCUGUGAUGGAGCAAUACAUAGUCGAUCAUUUGCCGUCGUUCCGCUCACCUGGCAACCUGCAGGAUAUGUCGAUAUCGAUGAUGAUGAUGAUUGUACCGCUGAAAAACAUUGGCUGGGGGCUCUUACUCAAAAAGACGAGCUAGCACCUAUCGGCUCUAGUUUCCUGACGAAAUCCGUUAAUUCGGCCUGCGCGACAAACGAGCAAGACUUGAGCGACGCGGUUAGCAUAUGGGAUCUAUAUUGCGGGAAAGCUUUCACCGCGGACGCGACAUCCGGAGAUGAAGUGACGACAUCACGGUCAACGGCCCAAGCCGGCGCGAGUCUAUUAUCGAGUAUAGUUACCAGAACGGAUGCUGGAACUAUUAUAACUUGGACUGUCCAAAUCACACCGGAGACUCCGGCAGCAACGACGGGACCACCGACCACGGUAACCGAAACACAGGUUCUGAUCGGCACACCCACAAGCGGAGCGGGACGCAUUGCGCUAGAGGCGGAUACUUUAGAUUAA